AUGAGUGCCUCGGCGGCCACGGGGGUCUUCGUGCUGUCCCUCUCGGCCAUCCCAGUCACCUACGUCUUCAACCACCUGGCUGCCCAACACGAUUCCUGGACAAUUGUAGGGGCUGCUGCCGUUGUCCUGCUCCUGGUGGCCCUGCUGGCUCGUGUCCUGGUCAAAAGAAAACCCCCUCGGGACCCACUGUUCUAUGUGUACGCUGUGUUCGGAUUUACCAGCGUCGUAAACCUCAUCAUAGGACUGGAGCAAGAUGGGAUCAUCGACGGGUUCAUGACACACUACCUGAGAGAGGGUGAACCGUAUCUGAACACGGCCUAUGGACAUAUGAUCUGCUACUGGGACGGCUCUGCUCAUUAUCUGAUGUAUCUGGUGAUGGUGGCAGCCAUAGCCUGGGAGGAAAGUUAUAGAACCAUUGGCCUAUAUUGGGUCGGAUCUAUUAUUAUGAGCAUUGUUGUUUUUGUGCCAGGAAACAUUGUAGGGAAGUAUGGAACACGUAUUUGUCCUGCCUUUUUCUUAAGCAUACCAUAUACUUGUCUUCCUGUCUGGGCUGGUUUCAGAAUCUAUAAUCAGCCAUCAGAAAAUUAUAAUUAUCCCUCAAAGGUCAUUCAAGAGGUCCAAGCAAAAGACCUGCUGAGAAGACCUUUUGAUUUAAUGUUGGUUUUGUGUCUCCUUCUGGCGACUGGAUUUUGCGUGUUUAGAGGCUUGAUUGCCUUGGAUUGCCCAGCUGAGCUCUGCCGAUUAUAUACGCAAUUUCAGGAGCCGUACCUAAAGGAUCCUGCUGCUUAUCCUAAAAUCCAGAUGCUGGCGUAUCUGUUCUAUUCCGUCCCUUACUUUGUGAUCGCGCUUUAUGGCUUGGUGGUUCCCGGAUGCUUCUGGAUGCCCGAUAUAACCCUGAUACAUGCUGGAGGUCUAGCUCAGGCUCAGUUUUCUCACAUCGGUGCUUCUCUUCAUGCUAGAACUGCUUAUGUCUACAGAGUCCCUGAAGAAGCGAAAAUCAUUUUUUUAGCCUUAAACAUAGCAUAUGGAGUUCUUCCCCAGCUCCUGGCCUAUCGCUGUAUCUACAGACCCGAAUUCUUCAUAAAAACAAAGGCAGAUGAAAAAGUUGAAUAA